AUGGCUCCUGUUUGCGCGGACGUUAUGAUGAUAUUUGACGGGAUUAAUAAAUGGGACUUGACAUGUGACAGAAAAUGGAUACCACCAAUGAUAACGUCUAUUCAGUUUGGAGGAGUUUUAGUUGGUGCUCUAAUCGGGGGACAGGCUGCUGAUAUGAUGUUUGCUGUUUUCAGAUUUGUCAUUGGUUCUACCUUAGGAAGCUACUUAGUUGUUAGUAUGUUUCCUGUUGAGUUCAUAGGAUACCGAUGGCGACCUAUACUGACAGCGGUACCAUUUUGGGCAACUGGAGUUUGCUUCCUGGCCUUAGUCUCUUGGCUACUGCGUGAUUGGGUGUACGUUCACUUGGUUGGUAUCAGUACUGUUCCAUUUCUACUUGGAUGGUUUAUAAUUCCAGAGAGCAUUAGAUGGUUGACUGUGAAAGGGAGAUUAGAUGAAGCUGAGAAGGCAGUAGAAAGGGUAGCCAUCAUGAACGGUAAAACUAAACCCGCUAAUACCAGAGAAAUAUUAGAAAAGAUUUGUGAAGAGGAAAAACAUAUCUUAGAUGGUGACAAAAAAUAUUCAUAUUUAGAUCUUUACAGAGGCGCACAUUUACUACAAAUAUCGAUUGUUGUUCAAAUAGUUUGGUUGUUUGUGUCAGCAUCGUAUUAUGGUUUCGCUUUCGGCGUAGGAAAAUUUUCUGGAAAUUUUUAUUUGAAUCUUUUCUUGAUGAACAUUUUAGAAUUUCCAUUAUGCAUACCAUCUAUAAUUAUAAUGAACAGAUUUGGGAGAAGAUUUUUCGCUACAAUAUCAUUCACACUGAGCGUUAUUUCAUGUCUUUCUGUGAUUGUUAUACAGAAACUAGUGUCAGAAGAAGAAUUACAUAGAGGAACCAUGAUCACCGGAUUGUCUCUAUCUGCUAGGUUAUUUACUGGUUGUGCCUGGAAUGGAUUGAUCACUCUUACCAAUGAGAUGUAUCCAACAGUAAUUAGAAACAUCGGCUACGGAGCAGCCAAUAUGGCAGCUAGAGUGGGGGGAAUCAUUGCGCCACAUAUUUUCUCUUUGAGCGAUGAUGAGAUGGUACCCUAUAUUAUAGUGAUAGUAAUAUUGAGUAUAAGUGUUGUAAUGGUGCAGUUUUUGUUACCAGAAACUCUUGGAUUGGCGCUGGAGGAUACCAUUGAUGACAAACUAAGUGGAAGCGACAAAUUAAACCAAAAUUCGAAAAUUGAAGAAGAUCGUGGAAAAUUGACAAUAACCGCUUUAUAA